GUGAAAGAUUUUCUUGUUUGGAAACUCACCUAACUGACAUCUAAGAACUCAAGACUUACUAAUGAAACAGAUUUGAAGAUGUCAGAGAGACAUUCAAGUCAAGCUUGUCCUGGAGCGGGAAAUGAGGUGGACCAUCCUGCUGUCAAUUUCAAACACUCCAGCUUCAGAGACUUUUGCUCCACAUCUUCAUUUCAAGAUAGUGGCUACAAUGAGCUGUUACAACCUUGCAACUUUGAGAAUGCAGAUAAAGAAUUUUUUGGAGAGAAAGAAAAAGGCCCAACAUUAAUCCAUGAACAUCCUGAAACUUCAAAUCUGGGCUUAACUCAUACUUUAGAAUCUCCAACUCAAAAAAAGAGAUUUUUCUUUUCUAGGAAGGAGAAUGAUAAAACUCCAGAACUUUGUGAAACCCCUAAAGUCAGUGGAAAAAAACGUUUACUGCGUAGAAGGUUGGACAUAUCUUUCUCUCUCCUAAAGGGGGACUUUGAAUCACAAAAUAGUUCCCUAGAAAGUAGUAUAAGCCAGGUUCUCCACUUAGAAAAAAAUAUUCCAGGCAGUGCUUCAAGUUUUCCAAGAAAAACCAGUUUUAGUCCUUUAGUUACUAGUUCUUUGAAAACAGAAGAAGCAACUUCCAGCAGUCAAAAAUUGAGACUUAAUUUUUCUCAACAGAAGACUUCCACAGUUGAUGAUUCCAAAGAUGACUGUAGCCUAUUUGAAGUUGAAUGUAUAUCUCCAAUUCAGGGUAAUAGUUUUAAAGACUCUAUCACACAUGACCUUAGUGAUAGCAGUCUAUUUGUUAAUGAUGAGAAUAUAUACCCCAAACUUCUGGGCUCCUCUGCUAGUGGAACAUCUUAUGGAACAAACGAGAACUUAUGUGUGACUCCAGUAAGUAGUCUUGUAGCAAACAUUAAAUUUAAUGCCAGUCAAAGGCUCUCUCCUACAGCUGAAGUGAGGGGCAAUAUUUCAACACCUGAAGAUAGUGGUUUUAACUCACUUUGUUUGGAUAAAUCAGAAGAUUCCCUCUCUGACCAGGAGGGUUCUUUUCGAGAACUUUGGAAACAAAAGCGAACGGUCAAAGUGGAGGACACCAUAAAAAAGUCAAGACAUCUUCGAAGGCUGAGAAGAUUGUCCACGCUUCAGGAACAAAGCUCACAAUCUGAGACAGAGAGGGACUCUGACUUGGAAGCAACACCAGCAGCUGCUUCAGACACCUCGGAGAGUCAGCUGAGCAGUUACAAUGAGAUUUUAAGCUUUAAGAAUUUAUCAAAGACCCCAGCCUUGCAGUUAGUGCACGAGCUCUUCAUGAGAAACAAAAGAAAAAGAUUCCAGCAAACUGGUGCUCAUGAAUCGUUAGAAGAGAAGGACGGGGGGCAAAUAGCCAUACUACGGUGUGUCCUCGCAGGACUGAUUGGCAAGAAAAUGGGUAUAGAAAAGCUGGACAUCUUAACAGAAUUAAAAUAUAGAAAUUUAAAACAUAUUCUUGCUAUGGUUUUAGGUUCCUUGACUGCAGAAAACCUAUGCAGUGUUUGGAAAGUGAGCAGAAAUUGGCGUGAAAUUAUUGUUCAAGAUAAAAAAGCAAAUCGGAGGAGGAAAUUCUAUAUCUCACAACAGAAAGCAGAUUCUGAGGGAGCUAGAGUAAAUGUUGAGGAUGCCGCCACUAGGCUCCAUCUUUUAAAUCGAUCAGCUUUAAGAUCCGUGCAAGCUCAGGCUAAGAUACCAGGUUUGCAAAAAGGAGAAGUUUCAACAUUUUCUCCUUGGGGAGAAGUUUUGACACCUAUAGCAAGUUCUUCUGUUACCCCCUUAAGUAGUAAACAGGAAGAAUAUGUUAAGGUUGCCAAAACACUAUUUAUUGAUGAAGCCUUAAAACCUUGCCCCAGGUGCCAAUCCCCUGCUAAGUACCAGCCAUAUAAGAAAAGGGGACUGUGUAGCCGCACAGCCUGUGGUUUUGACUUUUGUGUGUUAUGUUUGUGUGCUUAUCAUGGGUCUGAAGAAUGUAGUAGAGGAGCAGCAAAGCCAAGAACUAGAAAAGAUGCUCUUCCAGGAAGUGCCCAGAGUAAGCGGAAUUUAAAACGCCUUUAA